UUUUUCUUUAAUAUAAUUGUAUUUUAUAUUAAUUAAAAUAAUUAAAAAAAAUAUAUACAUAUAAAAAUUUAAAACAUCUUUUAAAAUCUUGGUUCAGCAAAUUCACAAAUCGUCUGGUUGUCGCGCCACGUAAUUGUGAUAGGGUGGGGACGCAUGAGACGCUUCGCAUUUAUAGGUUAACUUUUCGCGCACAAACGAUCAGUGCCGCUUCAACGAGAGCUCCGUGCUCUCUCGUUGUCGCAAGCAGUUCUUUUGUUCGGCGGGUACUUAAAUUCUCACAAAGAUCCGUGUAGUUUAGUCAUUUGUAUAUCUUAGAAUCGUAAAAUAUAAUAGUAGUAAACACAGUGUAUUCGCAUAUACAUUCGCAAUCACCAAAAUGCAGUGAUUACAUUAUUGACAUAUCGUUGCAUGUUGUUUUGUUCAUUCAGCAUUAUUUUUGCACUAUACAAAGAUCACAAAACACAAUGACAGAAGAAAGAAUAUUGUGCACUUAGAAAAUAAAGUUAUUUUAUACAUGGAAAUUUGAAGAAGGCUCUAUUACCGUGUUUGUAUAUAAAUAGAAUUUCUGUAGUGCGUAGUGAUACAUAGCAGUUAUACGUCCAACAGCAAAACCAAUCGUUUCUGCCGGCAAACUUGUCAUGACAAUUUGCGCGUGCUGAAUCAUUUUAGGUGUAUAGUGCCAUUUCAUUCGUGUGCAUCCGAAACUCAUGGCUGAAUCUUAUUGAUGAACUGAAUUUAUUAAGACACGUUACUGUACGUGUAUCGUUAUCGAGUGUUGCAAGAAGGAAUAAAGCAAUAUAUAUUCUUAAUUUCUUUACAAAAGUGUACUUUUUUAGAAAAGUUACUGCGCACGUUUUUUAAGUUCGGUUGAUCCAUAAUACAUAGAAGGCAGUGAGCGUGCGAUGAUCGUAUGAUAGAAGUUGACUCAAAGCGCGCGAGUGUGAAAGACAUGGCAGCGGAUUUUGAUGAUUGAUAUUGCUACUCCUGUUAUUUGCUAACAGGGGGAGUGUUAAAUCGCGCGGAAGUGGCGUAGCGUGGCAAACUUUGAGGGAUAAAGUCACGGAAAGAAAGAAUAUACAGCGCGCACAGCUGCGCGCACUUCUACGAAAAUAGAACUCUGCACAGUGUGUGGAGGCCAACGACGAAACGAACGGAGUCUGACAUUAAAGCGAUCAUAGAAUGUCGCGCGUGUCGCUCAACAAGUCGCAGUACAGCCAAUACGGCUCGCGUCGCGUGCGGAAGAUCAGUACGGUACGUUUCGAAAAUUCGUCCCUAUUUGGUAAUAUGCGUUUAAGCAUUUCUUGUCUUCAUUCUUGGGUGAUCUGAUUCGCCUCGAAUUUCAAGGCACGAUCUCGUUUCGCUUUUCUUUAUAGUUUCUUCGUACGUGUUCGGAAACAACACGUGACUUAGCCUUGAUAAAUGUAAUUUACACUUUUGUAGUAAUUUCUGACAAACGCGAAACACCAUACACGCAUUUGUAUAUAUCGUCAGCACAGCCGUGUAUCACUGCGUACUUGUGUGCACAAUUUGCACCCGUUGCACCACCGUCACGAAAACAAGGUCGAAAACAAUACUCUUGUCAAGUUUCCUUUGCCUUGACGUUAGGUGGCGCACGCUUUACCAAUUCUAAUGACAGUAGAUCAGCUGAUUCGGCUGACCUUCCAUUCGGCUAAGUCACUAUCGAGUCACUAUCGAUGCUUUCGUAUGUCUUAGCGCUAUAUUUGAAUUCAUUUAAUAUGUUGGCAGUCUAGAUCAUUGUACGAACUCUUUUAUUCCAAAAUAUUUAUAAAACAAAUCCUUACGGAUUUUUUCGUUUACGAUUAUGCAAAAUAUGUUCAAAUUCAAGAAGGCAUGGAAGUAUAUUCUCUUACGGAAAGUGAAUAUUCUGUAGAAGAGCAUGCAAAAUUAACUGCUACUGAUGGAGCUAGUGAUGAAGCAUCUCCAGAAGAUGAAGGAGGAUCAUUAUGUGAAUACCAUGAUAUACCACCUCCACCAGAUGGUGGAUAUGGAUGGGUGGUGGUAUUUGCAUCAUUCAUGUGUAAUAUGAUAGUUGAUGGUAUCGCUUAUACAUUUGGUGUUUUUCUGGGAGAAUUUGUUACAUAUUUUGGAGAAGGAAAAGGCAAAACUGCGUGGGUUGGUUCAUUGUUAUCUGGCAUGUACCUCAGUGCUGGACCUAUUGUCAGUGCUUUAACAAAUAAGUAUGGAUGUAGAGCAGUAUGUAUGGCAGGAAGUUUUUUAGGUGCAGCAGCAUUUGUACUUUCAACAUUUUCAACCAGUGUAAAUAUGCUUAUGAUAACUUAUGGUGUUAUGGGAGGAAUUGGAUUUGGUCUAAUAUAUUUGCCAGCAGUAGUUUGUGUAGGUUAUUAUUUUGAAACCAAAAGAUCAUUAGCUACAGGUAUUGCUGUAUGUGGUUCAGGAUUUGGCACAUUUGCAUUUGCACCUCUUGCAACAAUGUUAUUAGAAGCAUAUAAUUGGAAAGGAGCAAAUUUAAUUCUUGCAGGCCUUAUUUUAAAUUGUGCUGUAUUUGGUGCAAUGAUGAGGCCAUUAGAAUAUCCAAAAGCUUCUUCUGUUAAACCAUUGUUACAAAGAAUGGCAGAGGAGAAAAGAUUUCAAAUGGAACGUGGGAGUAUUGGGGGUUCUUAUUUCAUGGUACAACUGCCUGAUGGAUCUAUGGAAAAGAGAAUGAAAAUGCCUAUUAAUAUUGAUCCUGGUGUUCAUUCCAGUUUCAAUUUAGACCAAUUAGUGCCUGGAACUCCUUUAACACCAGUUCCAACGGUACCAACUCUUCCCACUAUAUCGGAAGUGAAAGUACAAGAACACUCUUCUAGUGGAGCAACUAGUAAUAGUGGCAGUAUGGAUUUAAAAAACAUUUCCACUAAAUCAAAGAGUAGAAAAAAUAUUGAUGAUACCAAAGAUAUAACAGAGAAGUCUGAAAGCGAAUUCAAACCAAUAAUUCCUAGAAAUGCUUCACAGCCUGCUUUUACAACUCAUGUACAAGGUUUACCUAAAAAUGGUUCUGUACCCUUUUUUGAUAGAAUCCGCAAAACAAGUACUGGUGAAAGAUAUAAACCAAGUCUUAGUGCCAUUAAGAAUUCUAGAACAACAUUGAAUUCUAAUGGUGAUAUUAGAAAGAGUUUACAUUUGAGACUUUCGACAAGCAGUGUUAUGGGUUCUCGAAAUAAUAAUGCGGAAAUAGAUGAUGGCGAAAGUAUUACUUUUACCACCAGUAAGACUAGUAUUCCAAAAGAAAAACCACAGAUAAUUCGACCACUAUCAAGAAAGGAUAUUUUUUAUAGUGGUAGUGUUGUUAACUUACCAGAAUAUCAAAGUCAAAAAUCACUUGCAAAUUAUCGUCAAAGUGUUAUUUCUUUAUCAAAAUCCGUUCGUGGAGAUAUUAAAGACACCGAUAUUGAAAAGGCGCGCGAGCAACCUCUAUGUCCUUGUUUGGUAUUACCUGAUUCGUUUAAAGAAGCUCUGGCAACUAUGAUGGAUGUAUCUUUGCUAAAAGACCCGGUAUUUCUUUUAAUUGGUAUUAGUAACGUAUUUGGAAUGGCUGGUUUAUACGUCCCUUUUGUAUAUUUAUUAGAUGCUGCAGUUUUAGAUAAUAUUGACAAGACUCUUGCAUCAUAUUUAGUAUCUAUUAUUGGAAUUACCAAUACUCUGGGUCGUGUAGCUUGUGGAUACAUUGCGGAUUUUCCACAAGUAGACUCACUAUUGUUGAAUAAUAUUUGCUUAAUUAUAUCAACAGUUGCUGUGGCUGCAAUUCCGUUUUGUCAUUCGUAUCCUGCUUAUAUUAUUAUGAGCAUUCUUUUUGGAAUAGCUAUAUCUGGAUAUAUUUCUUUGACGUCAAUUAUUUUGGUAGACCUUUUGGGAUUGGAUAAAUUGACCAAUGCAUUUGGCCUCUUAAUCUUAUUUAGAGGAGCAGCAGCUAUCAUUGGUUCACCUUUAGCAGGUGCUGUUUAUGACGCAACGCAAAGCUAUAGCAUCCCAUUUUUUAUGGCAGGAUUUUUCUUCCUUGUAAGUACAGUUACUAGUUUCAUGGCUCCAGCAAUGAAACGCUGUACAACGCCACAGACUCAGCCUGUGAUAUUAGAUACAUUGACUCCAAUUGAUGAAGAUAUCGAAGAAGAAAAUGAAGAGGAUAUUCCUGAAAUUGUAGAAACUGCGCCAUCUCCGCAAGAACCUCCUGAAAAGGAAAUUAAACAAAUAGAAUCUGUUUUAUAAAAUUUGAUCUGUAUAAGGAGAAAAAAAAAAGCCUUCAUCUCCGAGCCAUACUGUGAUAGGGCUGCUGCUUCAAAAAGGUCUGAAAAAAGUACUUCUUCGUUAUACAUUUUAAUGCUAAAGCACAAAUUAAUGAGUACAACCUGAUGGUAUUUUUAACGUAUUUAGAAUUUUGCAAUUGUAUCUAAUUUUUUUUAUGAAACUCUAAUAUAUAAAUAUAAAUAUACACAAAUACAUAACAAUGUAAAAAAUGCCAUCAGGGGGAGAAUUUCAUUUGCCUAUGUCAAUAGUAGAUGAUAGAUAGAAAAAUUUAUUAACUUAAUCAGUAUAGAAUGAUCAGUAUAAAAAAUAUUGAAAAAGUGAAAAAAAUGCUUUUGCACUUGCAUAUCGAAUAAUAUUGAAAUGAAUAUUAUUAAUCAUCACAAAUGAUAAAUAUUAAUUUAGAAUAAGGAUGGUCAAUUUUCAUUUUUUAUAAAUGGCUCUCUUCUUUAUGCUCAUUUAUAUCUAUUAUAGUACUUUCUAGCAAUAUUUACUCGUAUUCUAUUUUUGAUCUAAAAUUUACGUAUCGAAAACAACGAAAGUUUGCUAUACUAUGUCGAUUUUUCGUAUUAUUUAUGUUAGUAAAUAUCGCAUUUGACUUUUAAUGUUAUAUAUAUUACAUGGAUAAUCCAUGCAAUGAUUGACCAUUCUUAAUCGAGAAUACCCAUCUACAAUAUAUUACUUAAAUCUAUUUUUGGUCGCAAUCCAAAGAUACAAUUCCAAUUAAAUUACAUUCAGAGAGAUAUUUUUCUUGCAUACACAACAAAUGUAUAUACAUAUUAUAGAUUAAAAAAUGUGGAUUAGUUAACAUACAGAUAGAUUCGCUAUUGCGAAAAAAAUUGUAAAUAAUUAUAUAGGCAAUUGUAAAAUAGUGUAUAACGAAUUCCGAAAAAACUAGGCAAAUAGAAAAUAUAUAAUUUCUGUUUUGGGACAUACGUCCUUGUAUUAAUGUAUUGAUUAUGAAUAAUUAACAUGCUAUUAGAUAGAAAUUAAUUAAUAUAUUAAUGAUUCAACUAGAAUGUUUAUUUCAUUGAAUGUAUAAAGAAAACAUUUCGUCUUAUGCAUCUAGUUUGUGUAAAUUAAUUCUUUAGUUAACAGAAUUGACUGUCGGGAAAAAAUGUGAAAUAAUUGAAGUAUAUUAAUUAACACAAACUAAUUCUCGACUAAUACACGUGUUGUUCGACACGACUUUCGGCAAAGUUAUAGUUUGUCGUGUCAUACUAUAUACUAAUUAAAUAUUGAUUAUCGCGAAUAGACAAAAUGUUAUUCAUUUUAUAUAUGAUACUUUUUAUUUACAAUCGCAUACAUGCCUAUGAUCCAUAUAAAUAUAUAAAUCUAUAUAUAGAUAUAUAUGUAUUUUUUUUUGUUAUAUAAAUUUAUAUAUUUAUAUAUAUAUGACGAAUGAAAAAAAUUGUAAAUCUUGUUAAACGGCAUACAACAAAUGUUAAACUUGUAUGUACAUUGUAUAUACAGCGUUUAUUGGUAAGCCGAUUACGGUGAUUAGUUAUCAAUAUGCGUAAGAUUUGGAUAACAAAAAAAAAAGAACCGUUAUUAUCAAUAAGAAAAAAUAUACCAACAGUGCUAUUAUCACUGCUACUGCUAUCACUAUUACCAUUAAUAUUACUAUUACACUAUAUUAAUUAGUACAACUAUUACGACACUUAUUUUUAUUCUCAUAAUUGUCGUGCAGAAAGACCGUGUUUUUGUGAUUUGAAUUGAAAUAUAAUGUAUACAUGUUAUUCAGUCGGAAGUGUACACAUGUGCACGCGUGUCGUCGUGACAAAAGUGUACAGUAACACUUAUUAUAUACAUAUAUAGAGUAUAUUAUCGACGCGCGUGUUCAUAUGACAUUUCGCAUGCGCAUGUUCGUAUGUAUGUAUGUUAGGAGGAAUAGGCGGGUUUCUAGUAGAGAUACACGAAGCAUGUGUUAUGUCGUGUGUGCAUAAUAGAGGCAUACAUAUGCGUACUUACAUAUACACAUGAGCGUAUCAAUACACGUGCGCACGACUUAAUCCUGUGCAUAUGUUAAAAGAAAACAAUAAAAGAAAAAAAGUGAAGUAUAUAUGCUAUGGUACAAAGAAGGACAAAUGUAUUAGGUGACGUUUAUUGAAAUUGAAGAGGAAUUAUGAAUUUUUAUUACUGAAA